CACUGCUCUCUCUGUGCUCAACUCUCUCUUAAAUUCUCUUCUAUCAAUACUACUACUUUCUAAAAGAUCAAAUUAAACUCUCUCUCUAUUUUCUCUCUUCAACUCAUUCUUAUGGGCUCCUCUCCACCUGAUCAAGAACAACCACCUCAGCUUCCCCAACUUCAUUACAGGACAUUGGUUUUGAAAGUUUCCAUCCACUGUCCAGGCUGCAAGAGAAAAGUAAAGAAAGUUUUGCAAAGCAUUGAAGGUGUUUAUACAACAGAUAUUCAUCCACAGCAGCAGAAAGUCAUAGUGACUGGAAAUGUUGAAGCUGAGACUUUGAUAAAGAAGUUGGUGAGGAAUGGAAGGAGUGCUGAGCUAUGGCCAGAGCCGAAGCCUAUAUUAAAAGAGAAAAAACCAAAGAAAAAAGAAAACUGCGACGAUGACGAUGAUGAUGAACAAGAAGAUGAUGAACAUAAUAAUAAUAAUAAUGAUGAAAAAACAGCUGAACAUGGUGUUAGAUUCGGCGGAGUUGAGACUUUUACUGCAGAUGUCAAGGAAGUAAGGCCAGAUGAAAGGCCACCGGAGAAUGUCGCCGUCGUUGAGAGGUUCGCCGCCGGCGAGCAAAAGCCCGGUGCAGGACAAGGUGCUAAGAAGAAGAAAAAGAAAAAGAAGAAGAGUAGUAGUGGGAAUACCAACAAUACAAAUGCGAGUGUAGGUUCUAAUGGUGCACAUCCAAGCAGCGAAUCAGAUGUCUCUAAAAUGGGUCCCAUGAAUCAAGCAAAUCCGCCCCAUUCAUUUCAGCAUCCUUAUCCAAAAUCGUACGAUCCGAAUCCACAUACUAGUUAUUAUGUACCUCAGCAGCAUCAGAGUUAUGUGGUGAAUUACAAUGCGGCAAAUCCUAUGGUAAGCAGUGGACUGCCAUAUUACUAUAUUCCAUCGUCACCGUACAUGCAAUCAGAUGUUUAUUCGAAGCAACAAUCUACACCGUUGGAUUCUUUUGAAAUAUUGAGUGACGAGAACCCUCAUGCUUGCUAUAUCAUGUGAUCAAAGUUGAUGUAAAAUUAGAGUUUUAUUUAAUUUGCAGUUGUUGCAUCAUGCUUUAAUUUAGAUUUUAGAAGGUAUGUUAUAAGAUCCUCUUAUUUCUGUAUGUAGAACUAGUACUAGUAAAGCAUAUUGUAAAAUGUAAUGCUCUACUUACAUACAACUACAUUAUAUUUUAACUUGAUUAUUAGGAGUCGUUUGGUAGAUGAAUAAGUAACAAAUUAUUUAUAUAUUAA